CGCCCUUGGAGGGUGAGGCCCGCGUGACGGCGGCGGCGCGUGCGCGGGGCGGGGCAGGCGGCGGCGCUCGGAGUCUCCGGUGGCUGUCGGGCUGGCGGGUUCGCAGCUGCUGGGCCAUGAUCCGGAACGGGAGAGGGGCAGCGGGUGGCGCCGAACGGCCGGGCCUAGAGGGCAGCCGCGCCGUACGGGUGUGGUGCGAUGGCUGCUAUGACAUGGUGCAUUACGGCCACUCAAACCAACUGCGCCAGGCGCGGGCCAUGGGUGACUACCUCAUCGUGGGUGUGCACACUGAUGAGGAGAUUUCCAAGCACAAGGGGCCCCCGGUGUUCACUCAGGAGGAGAGGUACAAGAUGGUGCAAGCCAUCAAGUGGGUGGAUGAGGUGGUGCCCGCCGCUCCCUACGUCACCACCCUGGAGACCCUGAAUAAGUACAACUGCGACUUCUGUGUUCAUGGCAAUGACAUCACCCUGACUGUGGAUGGCCAGGACACCUAUGAAGAGGUGAAGCAAGCUGGGAGGUACAGAGAGUGCAAGCGCACCCAGGGAGUGUCCACCACAGAUCUUGUGGGCCGCAUGCUGCUGGUGACUAAGGCCCAUCAUAGCAGCCAGGAGAUGUCCUCCGAGUACCGGGAGUAUGCAGACAGUUUUGGCAGGCCCCCUCACACGACACCUACCGGGGACACACUUUUCUCAGAAGGCUCCUCCCAGUGCCCUGGGGGGCGGAAUCCCUGGACAGGGGUGUCCCAGUUUCUGCAGACAUCCCAGAAGAUCAUCCAGUUUGCUUCUGGGAAAGAACCUCAGCCUGGGGAGACAGUCAUCUAUGUGGCUGGUGCCUUCGACCUGUUCCAUAUCGGGCAUGUGGACUUCCUGGAGAAAGUGCAUGGGCUGGCAGACAGGCCCUACAUCAUCGCUGGGUUGCAUUUUGAUCAGGAGGUUAAUCACUACAAGGGCAAGAACUACCCCAUCAUGAACCUGCACGAGCGGACCCUGAGUGUGCUGGCAUGCCGGUAUGUGUCGGAAGUGGUGAUUGGGGCCCCAUACUCGGUCACGGCAGAACUCCUGAGUCACUUCAAGGUGGACCUGGUAUGUCACGGGAAGACAGAAAUUAUGCCUGACAGAGAUGGCUCUGAUCCAUACCAGGAGCCCAAAAGAAGAGGCAUCUUCUGUCAGAUUGACAGUGGAAGUGAUCUGACCACAGACCUCAUCGUCCAAAGGAUCAUCAAGAACAGGCUGGAAUAUGAGGCCCGAAACCAGAAGAAGGAAGCCAAGGAACUAGCUUUUCUGGAGGCCAGGAGGCAGCAGAAGGCACAGCCCUUGGGAGAGAAUGACGGCAACUUCUGACCUAAAGGAGGACAGCGGGCGCUCAGCCCCCUUCCUGCUAAGCUUCUCAGAAAGGGUGUCCAGCACCGUGGAGUAUCCCAACAGGCAGGAUGAACAGAGGACAACUGCCACCCAAGACAUGCCGCUCCUGUGUGCUUUCAGCCACUGCGUUCCAACUGCCACUCCCCUAUCCUGCCCUGGGAAGCUCCCUCAGACCCAGUUUACCCCCAACCACCUGGGCUGGAGGCCAUACUGCCUGCCCACCCAGCUUUGGUGGGAGACGCAGAGGAGAGGACUGUAGGGACCAGUGCCCUGGGGGGCACCCCCUUUCCUUCUCUGGGUGCAGACCAUGCCACCUCCCAAGUGGGUACCCCUGCGGCACAUCCCACCACCCAGUGCCUGGCUCCAGGAAGACAUGCCUGCCCCACUCCUGCCAGCUUCAUCACUCUCCUCACAGACUCCGUCCUCAGUUCUGUGCCUCUCUGGCUGCUGUCAGUCUCUCUGGUACAACCCAAUAAAGCCUGGUGGACAGUG